AUGUCUGAAAAACUGAGCUAUCCAUUGCAACUUGAUGGCUCACUUGAAAAUACCCUCAAUUAUCGCCAUGCCGCAUUUGAAGAGGAGAAUGAUGGAUUAUUACCAGUAUCUAAUCAAGACAUCAAACUAAAACCACUUAAAACGCCGAAAAAGUCUCUCCAACCAUCGCAGUCACAACCGCUAGCUCCGCGUGAUAGGAAGGCAUUCUUGAUACUUGUUCUAUUAUACUUACUACAGGGUGUGCCUGUUGGAUUGGCAUUUGGCUCAAUACCAUUUAUUUUGAAAAGCAAAUUGACAUACUCGGAAGUAGGCAUUUUUUCACUAGCAGCAUAUCCAUAUUCAUUAAAAUUACUAUGGUCACCUUUUGUUGAUUCAAUGUAUUCGAAAAAAUUUGGUAGAAGAAAAUCAUGGAUUGUGCCGAUUCAAACCAUAUCAGCAAUUAUUUUGAUGUAUUUGGGGUAUAUUAUUGAUUCAUUAGUUGACUCCCCAAAGCAACAUUUGAAUACGAUUACAUUUUAUUUCUUUGUCCUUGUUUUGUGCUGUGCUACUCAAGAUAUAGCUGUUGACGGAUGGGCGCUUACUUGCUUAUCGCCAGAAAGUUUAUCAUAUGCAUCAACGGCACAGACAGUUGGUAUAAAUUGUGGAUAUUUCUCCAGUUUUACCAUUUUCUUAGCAUUAAGCUCGCCCGAUUUCGCCAACAAGUAUCUACGUAAAGUUCCACAAAGUCAAGGAUUAUUCACAUUGGGCCAAUAUUUGACUUUCUGGGGAUGGAUGUAUUUGAUCAUCACGGGAAUAGUUUUGCUAGUGCCCGAAGAUCCACCCCAUUUGGUGGAUAUAAAUCGAGACAGAAUGGCAAAGGAGAAAGGAGUCCAUAAUACUAAUAAAUGGAUACAGUUACGACAAGUGUUUGAAUCAAUGUACGAAGUGUUGAAACUACCCAAUGUACAAACCUUUGUUGUUAUUUUAUUGUUGGCGAAACUAGGGUUUCAAGCAAAUGAAGCAGGAACAAAUUUAAAGUUGUUGGAAAAGGGCCUCUCCAAGGAAGACUUGUCAAUUACUGUACUUAUCGAUUUCCCGUUUGAAAUGAUUUUUGGAUAUUAUGCAGGACGUUGGUCAACAGGGAAGGCACCUUUGAGACCAUGGCUCUGGGGAUUCAUUGGUAGGCUUGUUGCUGCUUCAUUAGCACAAUUGAUUGUAUAUUUCUUCCCCCUGGAUGGCCAAGUGACCAAAACGUAUUUCUUGAUGAUUAUAUUACAGCAUUUACUUGGAUCGUUUAUGUCAACGAUUCAAUUUGUUUCCCUUUGUGCAUUCCACACCAAGAUUGCUGAUCCAGCAAUUGGUGGUACUUACAUGACGACAUUGAAUACAUUAUCAAACUAUGGUGGGACUUGGCCGCGAAUUUUUAUAUAUUUCUUAAUUGACAAGAUUACAUUGGCCAGAUGUGAUUUAGAUGCAGGUCGUCAUAUUAUGAUCAAGUCAGAAGAAGAAAGAGAACAAUGCACCCAUGCUAGGGGUAGACUAGUCAUGAUUCGUGAUGGAUAUCUAUAUACAAAUGCAUUGUGCAUAACUUUGGGGAUUCUUAUUUUGCUUUGGGUUAAGAAGAAGGCAACUUAUUUGCAAAGUUUACCCAAUAAACAACAACCACAUUCGCGUCAAGACACACUCACGUCAUCUAUUCCUACAUUGGAUGAGCUCUUGUUCAAUUCUACAUCUGUGAAUGAUAGUAUCCUUGACUUCCAAUCUGCGCCUAGUUGUCAUGGCAUGUACAUCGUGAUUUCAUCAUUAAUUGUAUCUAAUUUGAACCAGAAUAAGCCAGUUGCUAUAAUAGAUACGCUAAACAAGUUCCCAUUUCAUUUAAUCAAGAGCCAUCCUCAGUUCAAACCAGAGUUCAAGUCAAAAAUUACCCAUUAUGUAUGUGAUUCAUUUGCUAAAUUAUAUUCACUAAUAUCAACAAAAUCAAACUUUGCUAAUGAUUCAUUUAUUAUUGUCAACGAGUUUCACAGUCUAUUAGAGUUUUACAAGCUCGAAAUGACCAUGUCUUAUGAGGAAACCAUUCUUAAGAACUAUAUCGACAACAACUCAACAUUGAUCAAUAAUAAAACCAACCGAGCCAAUGACCCAAUAACCAAAAUUCCACCGUCAUCAGACCUACUUAAAGUUAGCCCCAUUUCCAAAUAUGAAUCUCAUGUUAAUUUGUUGUUUCGCAAUCUCAAUAGCAUUCGCACUGGUUCAAACGUAAUGAUAUAUCUACUAGGUUACCUUGAAACCAAAUAUCGACCAUAUAAGAUAAGUAAUAACGUUGAUGCAUCUCAACUAUCCUAUAGCGAAAAGGGAAGAAUCAUACUAUCACCAAGUACAACCCACAAGACAUGUACUACCAAGCUUCUAUUUUAUCUAGACUGGUAUCAUAAAACACCCCAUUUUUUCAGAAACUACCCUAUCGAUGACACGCGUCAAGUUACAAUCAACCAAGCAAUGCUUAAAUUGAUUAAUGCCGUAAAAGUGGAGGUUAAAUCAGAAAAACUUAGUCCCAUUUAUUUCGAUAUUGAUGAUGAAUUCUAUUAUGAUAAUGAAGAAGAAUUCAAUGGGGAACAUAAAAUCAGAGACUUAUCAGAAACUGUGGCUGAAAGCUAUCCAGUUAUUUCAUCAUCGCCCAAUGUCGAUGCAUCCAUAAUUCACGUCACUAGCAACGAUUUAGGAAACACCAGCAGCUCUAAUGAUUUUGAAGCGGUUGCAAGCGAAGUGAUUGAAGAAUCAGAGGAAGAGAUUGCAAUUCUGUAUGCAAGCGCUACCAAUUCCACUAAUGGUAUCGCAUCUGCUUAA